AAUAAUAAAGGGAGUGGAGGGAGAAGAGAGAAGAGAGACGACGACAGACAGACACACAGAUCAACAUGAUGAUGAUGAUGAUGAUGAAGAAGUCCGUUUUUCUGGUCAUCUGCACCUUGCUCUUCUCAUCCCUGGCUGUCUUUGCAUCUCAAAGUAUCUUUGGUCCAGAGGAGUGCUGUUUUAACCAUGUCCAAAAAAGGCUGCCGAAGAAUAACGUCCAGGACUACAGGUGGACUGACAGAAAGUGUGCAAAGGAGUCUGUGAUUUUGGUGAUGCGUAAGGGGGAACUCUGCGCCGACCCGACUGAGGAGUGGGUCAUGAGAAUCAUAAGAGACCAAGACAGGAAAAAAGAAAGGUUACGCGCAACUGCAACAGCAACCGCUGGGCCUCCUCGAGUUUCCCCACAAUACUCUGAAUGAUCUGAUGUGUGUUAACUACACUUCAGGUCUCUCUGAAGUGGCAGUGCAUCGUCCUGUAUCUUUAAAGCUAUUUUUUUUUCUGCAAAGAUUAAUUUCCUGUAACCCCAAAAUGCUAAAUAACUGGAGAUUACUCGUAUUUGGUUUAUUUUCUGUCUCUUAUCUGCAUAUAAGCUGUGCCAUUUAAAUUCAACAGAUAAUAUUGUUUUUAAUAAAGGACUGCAAGUAAUUAUA